UUUUAGUUCUAUUUAGGUAAACUCGUCUUUCUUAAAAAUGAUACUCUAAAUGUUAACAAGUGAGAGGCUAAAUAAAUAAAGCAAGGCCACGCCGGGCAACGAAACCCUAGAGAGACAAAGCCUCUUCCCAUUCCACAGCUCUUUUCAGAGACCGACAACCAGACAAGCUGCGCCGCCCAUCGUCCCAGCAGCAUGCAGCCGGAGAACACGCCGGAACCCUUUGACUGGUACGCAAAUAACGCUGACUACUCGUUCCUCGACUGCCCCGGCGGGAACUACGUCGUCCCAGCAUCAGCCGCCGCCGCAGCCGCAGGAAUAAGUAGCGUUACUCACCACAAAGGCGACAGUUUUGCCGGAAGCAGCCUUGCGGCGGCUCUCUUCCCGGAACCGGGACCGCCGGACAGCACCCCGGAAGCGCGGGCUCUGGAGGCUUCGAAGAACCACAGGGAAGCGGAGAGAAGACGGAGGCAGAGAAUCAACUCUCACCUGGAUUCUCUCCGAGCCCUUCUUCCAUGCAAUUCUAGGACAGACAAGGCUUCUUUACUAGCAAAAGUUGUUUCCCGUCUGAGGGAGCUCAAAGAAGAGGCGUCUCAUCAAUUCACCCAAACCCCCCUCCUCCCCUCGGAGAGCGACGAGAUUACACUCUCCUGCGACCCCGGCGGCGGCGGCGAAACCGGCGGAAGGCGGCUGAUGAUAAAGGCGUCCCUUUGCUGCGAAGACCGGCGGGACCUCAUCCCCGACCUCAUCCACACCCUCAAAUCUCUCCGGCUAAGCCCCCUGAGGGCCGAGAUGGUGACCCUCGGCGGCCGGGUCAGAAACGUUUUGGUUCUCGCCGGAGAUUUGAAGGACCACAGCUGUGCCGAUGAGUCCAUGUUGUUUCUCCGAAAUGCGUUAAGAUCGGUUGUGGAAUCUGCCGGUGGAUGUGAAGCUGCCCCUAAAAGGCCAAUAAUGUUUAAUGAUACUCCCAUGUAAUAGUCCUUGUUUGUUUGUCUAUAUAUGUUUAAUGUUUCCCUCCAUAUACAUAUGUGAAAUAUACUACCCUAAUUAUUACACCAUUAUAUUUACACCAUCCAUAUAAACCUAAUGGCCAUAUAGGGUAUGAAAGUAAAGUUAUUAAGUGAUU